UCUAAUCUGAUCAUCUCUAACAAAAUCAAACUUGGCCAACAAAAAAUACCAUUUCACUCCCUAUUCUCAAUGGCAAUGGCAACGGCAACCCAAGCCUCCCUUCUCACUCCCACAACCCUCCACACCGGCAACCGAGUCGCCGUGCCAUGGAAGCAACCGUCAUCCGUAAAACUCCCUACCUUCAAGUUCACAAAACGUACCACCAUCAAGGCCGAAGCAACCGAAGAGAAAGCUGAGUCGACGACCGCCACAAAGGAAGCCCCGGUCGGGUUCACCACACCCGAGCUCGACCCGAACACCCCGUCACCGAUAUUCGGCGGUAGUACGGGUGGACUUUUACGUAAGGCACAAGUGGAAGAGUUUUAUGUGAUCACAUGGGAGUCACCCAAGGAACAAAUAUUCGAGAUGCCGACGGGUGGUGCAGCUAUCAUGAGACAAGGUCCGAACCUGCUCAAGUUGGCUAGGAAAGAGCAGUGCCUGGCUCUGGGGACUAGGCUUAGGUCCAAGUACAAGAUCAAGUACCAAUUCUACAGGGUGUUCCCCAAUGGUGAGGUCCAAUAUUUGCACCCCAAAGAUGGUGUGUACCCCGAGAAGGUGAACCCUGGCCGACAAGGUGUAGGGCUGAACUUUAGGAGCAUUGGGAAGAAUGUUAGCCCUAUUGAGGUCAAGUUCACUGGCAAGCAGGUCUAUGAUCUGUGAUUCAAUAUGAUACCAUGAUAUGUGAUUGUGUUUGUAAUUUAAUCACUGUGUUGGUUUUCUUAUGUUCA